UACAUGCCUACUUCGGAGUACCCAUUUGCCCAAAAAGUUUUACCCCGAGAUGAUCAAAUCUAUCUUCCAAGUUUUUAGUAAACUCCCUCGUUCGAGAUUAUGAGAUCAGACCGACGUAUAUAUACAUGUACGCUACAUAAUAUAUUCGCGCGAAGAAAUUUAUGUAAUGUUCAAGUAUAAAUCUAAGCGCGUCAAAAGAUUUGUGUUUAUUAUUUGCAAAUGGUUUUUAUUCGUCGCAGAAUCUUCGGAUUUCAUCCUUCUUUGAGUCGCAUUCGAAGUUCGAGUCGCGCGGAAAGUGGAAUCAAAAUUGCAUGGGGGGUGGGACGGGACUUUGUUUGAAAACGAGAAACUUACUAGAAAUUUUUCAUUGUACUCGAUAAAAUAUAAUUCCAAUCAGAGCGGUGCACCAUUUUCGAUGAGCACCAGUUUCAACACAAAUCGUCGGUUCAUCUUUUAGGAGAUAAGCGGCGAGGCGAUAAGUUUUCGAAUUUUUGACAAUCGUUAUUAGAUGCGGUUUAAACUUUGAUUAAAAUAAAUCUACUCCGAUGCAGCGUGUACGACGAGGUUGCGAGAAUCACUUAAUAUCGCCGUGUAACCGCCAUUUUGAAUGAUCGAAGUAAAUAUCAAAUAUGCAAAUUAGUAAAUGAUCGAUUGUUCAAAUGGACGACAAGUAUGACUGCAAUCCGUGUAGACCAUUAUGGUAAUUGCUCCAAUUUCCGGGGAAGAUAUUCAUACAGUAUCCCUGUAACAUACCCCACCGAAGUGACAUAAAUCGUCAAGAUGGCGUUGGAUACGGACACGUACGUCUCGAUCAAAGUUACAAGAUUUUACAUGAAAGUCGUCGGCUUAUGGCACGCCAAAAGCCAACGUGAACGAUGGAUUUUACACGCAGCUCUUUUCUACACAAUCGCGGCCAUCGUGUUCGCCAUUUUCGUCGAAGGGGUCGACUUGUACUUCUCCUGGGGCGAUUUCAACGCCGUGACGGAAAACAUUUGCUGCACGAUGCCCCUCAUAGUCAUCAUUUUCAAAGUGACGGUUUUCAUCGUCCGACGGGAUCUGGUAAACGAUCUGAUCGUCUUUUCGGAAAAGAAUUUUUGGAGGACCGAUUACGAUGAGUUUGGAGAGCAGAUUUUGAAAGAAUGCGAAAAAAAGGGAGUCAUUAUACUGUACACGUUGUCCUUUUCCGUGCAAGCUACCGUUUGCGCUUACGUAACCACCCCUAUGAUAGAAAAUAUCGGAAGAAACGAUUCCGACAGGAACUUGCCGUUCAGACUCUGGACAGAUCUGCCGAUAAAAGUAUCUCCGUACUACGAAAUAACUUACAUUAUUCAGUCAUUGUCCACCAUACAUUCCGGGAUCUGUUUUUUCUGCUUCGACAAUCUGAUGGGUAUCCUCAACAUUCACGUGGUCGGUCAGUUCAAAAUUCUUCAGCACAGAUUGGAGGGGCUCUGCGAGGAGUAUAUCAAAAGUCUGUCGAAAGACGAUCGGUUCAGUUCGGAUUACAUCGAAUAUCCCUCGACGUUCGAUAAAGGGAAUUCUAUCGAAAAAUUCGACGACUACUUUGCGUCGAAGUCGAACGGUGCUUUCGAAAACGGUAUAAGUGAGAAAAGAAGCAAGCUAGGUGAAAAAGCUUACGAGGAAUUGAAGGCAUGCGUAAGACAACAUCUGAUACUGAUCGAUUACGUUGAAAAAUUAGAAGAGGUUUUCAACGCGAUACUUUUACUCCAAAUGGGAGUAUCGAGCCUCUUCAUGUGCUUCGGAGGUUACCAAAUUUUCGUGGCCCAACUGUCGGUGCUUCGUCGGGUGAUAUUCGUACUGCAUUUGAUGUCGGCGUUCGCCCAACUGCUCCUCUUCACUUGGACCUGCAACGAAAUAAUAGUGGAGAGCCUGGAAGUGGCGGAGGCAGCGUUUCGGGCGAAAUGGUACAUGAUGCCAAACGAAGGAGCGGGACGUUCACUUCGCAGCGCUUUGAUGCUGAUUAUGAUCAGGGCGAGGAGACCCUGUUACAUUAGCGCCGGAAAGUUCAGCCCUAUGUCCUUGCAAGCCUUCACGAGCAUUUUGAGCACGACUAUGUCCUACUUCACGCUUCUUCGUCAGUUCAGCGAAGACAAUUUCAGCAGGUGUGAUAUCAAAUAUUCGAUCGAUCAAAUGGGGCGACGAGAUACCGUGGCAAUCAGGCCGACCGCUAUUACGGUAAUCGGUAUACUCGAUCUAUAUGUGCGUCGAAAACGACUCGGUGGAGUGUUGCAGAAUUCCAUAAGGAGAGAAAUAGCUGAGAUGAGCAACUACGAGGACAGAUAUUUGUCCGUAAGACUUACGAGAUUCUUUUUGAAAUUCGUCGGAUUUUGGAGCGUUGAUAAUUGGAAGGAACAGUUAAUGCUCGACGCCGCUCUGGUCUACACCGUUGCCGCCCUCAUAUUUUCCAUCGGUGUUUUAUUGGUGGACCUUUUUCAUUGCUGGGCGGAUUUCGACGAGAGAGCCUACAACCUUUGCGCUACCAUGACACUGACUCUCGUUCUCAUCAAGGUAUCAGUUUUUAUGCUUCAGCGAAGAUCCGUGAUCGAUUUGAUCGGAUACACGAAGAAAAACUUUUGGCAAGUAAACUACGACAAUUUCGGCAAGAAAAUUAUGAAGGAGUGCGAAUCGAAGGCGGUUUUAUUCGCGUCCACUUUCACCUUUCUCGUAUGGGGUGUCGUGUUCAAUUAUUUACUGGCUCCCAUCGUUGAAAACAUCAGCCACAACGACACCGAGCAUCGAGUCACACCUUUCAAGCUCUGGGUCAAUCUGCCUUUGACCGUUUCACCGUAUUUCGAAAUAGCUUUUGUUAUUCAGAAAGGGGAGUUCUUAUUUCAGAGCUUAUCGACCAUCCAUUCCGGAGUUUGUUUUCUCUGCUUCGAUAACCUGCUGUGCGUUUUGACGAUCUACGUUCGCGGGCAGUUCAAAAUUCUCCAACAUCGAUUGAAAAUAUUAUGCGAACGGUAUUCGGAAAGCAGAAAUGCUAUUUCGGAAAAAUCAUCGAACGACGUCGCUCAGCAGAGCGAAAUAUACGAGGAGUUCAAAUCCUGCGUGGUCAAGCAUUGGACCCUCAUCGACUACAUCGAAAAAUUAGAGAGAUUGUUCACCGUGAUAUUACUCUGUCAGAUGGUCGUUUCCAGCUUGCUGCUUUGCCUGGCUGGGUUUCAAGUAUUUUUGGCCAAAAGAACUCUGGUAAGACGUCUAAUUUUUGUAUCCCACAUACUCGGCUGCGCCACCCAACUUCUUCUCUUCACCUGGACGUGCAACGAGAUAAUAGUUCAAAGUACGAGCGUAGCAGACGCAGCCUAUCAGAUGAAGUGGUACUUGAUACCGCAUCAUGGGCCAGGAAUUUCACUGAGGAACGGCAUUCUGAUAAUGAUGGCCAGAGUAAACCGACCCUGCUUUUUGAGCGCAGGCAAAUUUUGCCCCAUGUCUCUGCAGGCGUUCACCAGCGUGUUGAGCACUGCAGCAUCUUAUUUCACGCUGCUACGCCAGCUGAGCGAAGAUUCGGAAGAUUAGGUACAAGGAAUAAAGGUCAUUCUAAUAAAUUUCAGUUCAGGUAGUCCGAAUUCGGUGCAAUAAAAAUACCGAAGUUCACUUGAA